CUCCUCCUCCUCCUCCUCCUCCUCCUCCACCUCCUCCUCCUCCUCCUCCUCCUCCACCUCCCCCCUCCUCCUCCUCCUCCUCUUCCUCGGUGAGGCGCUCCUCCAGCAGCCAGGCAGCAUGGCGGCCGUGGAGACGCGGGUGUGCGAGACGGACGGCUGCAGCAGCGAGGCCAAGCUCCAGUGUCCCACCUGCAUCAAGCUGGGCAUCCAGGGCUCGUACUUCUGCUCCCAGGAAUGUUUUAAAGGAAGUUGGGCAACUCACAAGUUACUGCAUAAGAAAGCAAAAGAUGAAAAGGCCAAGCGAGAAGUGUCUUCCUGGACUGUAGAAGGUGAUAUUAACACUGAUCCGUGGGCAGGCUAUCGAUAUACUGGUAAACUCAGACCACAUUAUCCACUGAUGCCAACAAGGCCAGUGCCAAGUUAUAUUCAAAGACCAGAUUAUGCUGAUCACCCUUUAGGAAUGUCUGAAUCUGAACAGGCUCUUAAAGGUACUUCUCAAAUUAAAUUACUCUCAUCUGAAGAUAUAGAAGGAAUGCGACUUGUAUGUAGGCUUGCUAGAGAAGUGUUGGACAUUGCUGCUGGCAUGAUUAAACCGGGUGUAACUACUGAAGAAAUAGAUCAUGCUGUACACUUAGCAUGUAUUGCAAGAAAUUGUUAUCCUUCUCCCCUGAAUUAUUAUAAUUUCCCAAAGUCUUGUUGUACUUCAGUGAAUGAAGUGAUCUGCCAUGGGAUUCCAGACAGACGGCCCUUGCAAGAAGGUGAUAUUGUUAAUGUGGACAUCACUCUUUAUCGCAAUGGUUAUCACGGGGACUUGAAUGAGACGUUUUUUGUUGGAGAGGUGGAUGAGGGAGCGCGGAAACUGGUGCAGACCACGUACGAGUGCCUGAUGCAAGCCAUCGAUGCAGUGAAACCUGGUGUUCGAUACAGAGAAUUGGGAAACAUUAUUCAGAAGCAUGCCCAAGCAAAUGGGUUUUCAGUUGUUCGAAGCUAUUGUGGGCAUGGAAUCCACAAGCUUUUUCAUACAGCCCCCAACGUACCCCAUUAUGCCAAAAAUAAAGCAGUUGGAGUGAUGAAGGCGGGCCAUGUAUUUACAAUUGAGCCAAUGAUUUGUGAAGGCGGAUGGCAGGAUGAAACCUGGCCAGAUGGUUGGACCGCGGUGACGAGAGACGGAAAGCGGUCUGCUCAGUUCGAGCACACCCUGCUGGUCACGGACACUGGCUGUGAAAUCCUGACGCGGCGACUCGACAGCACACGGCCUCACUUCAUGUCCCAAUUUUAAUUUCUCCUGAGAUGGCACAUCUCGAUAAUACCUUCUGGCUGUACUAUGCAUUUUAUAGAGAGUACAGAAUGGAAGAGGAAAUUUUUAUUACUUGUUUUGUUUUGACUAUAGAUAAGGAAGGACUACAGCAUUGGAUGUGUGUCCUCCAGAACUUGUCCCGGGUCUGAAAAAGCUGAGAAGAAUAAAGGAGACAUUCUCAACUCUUUUCAUUGCUCCCCUCUCCCUCCAGAAAUCUCUGCACCCCUAUUUUCUCACUUGGCCUUUGAGCACUUUUUACUUAAACCUGCUUCUAGUUGCUUUUAUCACUGCCACAACUGGGCCAGCAAGAGCCGGCUGCUCUCCAGGUGAAUGUGGAAGAUGAGAAUCCUUGAAACUUUAGCAACAUACGUUGUUUCAGAUUUUUUUUAUUAUAUAUGUAUGGAAAUAUAUAUGUAUACAUUUUAAAUUCCACGUAUGUAAUUACCGAACACUAAAUGACCUGGGUUUGUGUUGAUUCUGCUCUGACAGGGUUAUAUGCUGUCCUAAAUGGACCCAUAGUUUGCAGUGAUUUAUUUCGCAGUUGGGAAUUGGCCUCCCUCCUUCCCCAUGCUGAUUAUUUACCCUUGUAAUUGUGUGUAAGGAAGCACUCGGUCAGUGAGACUUUCUCUCCAAUGUGGACUCUGUCAGUGAAUGGAUGUGGCAACAGUCACUUUGGAAAAGGGUUGUCAGGUUUUUAAAAUCUAGUUUAUGGCAAAAAUAGCCAUGCUUCAUAUGGUAACUGGCUGUCGCAGAACAUGAGAAUUUUGCAAUACAUUGCUAUUUCAGACCUCUGUUUGGUCGAAAUGGGAGGGAGAAAGCUCCCUUUCUUCCCCUCUGUUGUAUUUCAAGGGCACACCUUGGAGAUAUUCAGAGAAGGGCGAAGGUUGCACUGUGGAGGUUGACGGGAAGAGACAGUUCUGAAAUCUCUUUAGCAGCGAGCAGAGUAAGUCUGGUGGGCUGUUAGCUUCCGACAUUUAGUAAACCUGGUAGUGAUGAAAAAGGAACUUCUUUUGAGACUGGACUGUUCCCUUGCGGUAGAGAUACAGCUGUCCAUGGUGUGUUGAAAACACACUUUACCUUUACGUAGUUGGGAACCUCAUUAGAAAUGACCUCAGCUGCCCAGUACCUGUGUUAGUUGAAUCCAGAUGGGCGUGUAUCCAGUGAACACGUAUCAGAUCGAAGUUACUGUCAUUGGAGUGUACUUGAUUACUGGGUAUCUGGUAACUUCCUUGUAACAUAAUUUGAUACCACUGACCUGUUAAUACGAGAACAUCUUUCCCAGAGUGCCUCAGACCUUUAUUGCUUUAAAAGAACUAUGAUAAUGUUUUCAUUACUUUUAUUAUUUUAAUGAUUUAGUGAAGUGACUGAAUCUGGUAUAGACUUUUGGGGGUAUGUGUGUGAAGUUUUUUAUCAAACUGUAAUAUUUGUGAAUGGAUUGCCUUGCAAUAUGAAUGUUAAUAUAAUGUGUAAAGGGAGAUUAAAAGUUUGAAUGAUUAUCCUGAGUGUAGUCAUUAACUUGGCUGCAUUUGUUUGGGAUUUCAGAGGGCAGUGGUGGGGAAUAGGGUGGCUGACUUCAUCAUCUCAAAUAAACUCAUGACCAUUGGAGUAAAAAGAGUUGUUUUGAGUUUAAUAACUCCGUAAAAAUUCCAGUACUGUUUGGUUCAGCAGCGUCCAUCAGCAGCAUUUGAGAGGGAACCAUGUUUGUGAGAGCUAAUUUUAAGAUAGAAUGCUGAAUAUUUAGGAGAGCAUUUUAUGUACUGAUUGUGGAAUUAACAGUGAGGGCUUCUUUGAUAUCUAUCAUUAGAAAAUAAGCUCAAGGGGAAAAAAAGUCUUGAUGGGGUAGUUUUUUUGUAAAAAGAUAAGCCACAUUGGUGAUGAUGCUUUUUCGGUUUGGGAGAUUUCAAAACAAUAUGGGCUCUAGUCUAAUUGUAAAUAUCUAAUUUCAGAUGUUUAUUAGAUUUAGAUGAAAACAUCAAGUUGUAUCAUUUUGCCAACUUUUCAAAAUAAGUCAGUAUAUUAAGUUUUCAUUUUUUGUAUUAACUUUUAAAAUAAUACAUAUAUUUUUUCCUGCUACUCCAUCCCCCUUGGAAUUAUAAUUUAGAAGCAUGGAAACAUGUUUGCCUUUUAUCUUCAUUUUAUGUCUUUUGCUGAUGAAAUGGAUUAAGGUGCAUUAGAACCCACUCACUGACACUUCUAUUUAUUUUUUUUCACUGACACUUUUAUAUCACUUGCCACAGGUCAAAAUUAAUAGGAGGAGGGUUAGGAAUUUGCCAUCUUAGCUUGAUUCCUUUGUUCUGUAACCACUUCUGGGUCUUCUUUCUGUUUGGUGAAAAUUGAAGGCCUGGUGCUUCACUUGGCGAAGGCCCCCCAAAUCACCCUCAUGGUAUCUGUUAGCU